CGCCAAGAUGAAGGAUUCGGUCUCCGCUGUUAACUUAUCACAAGAUCUGAUUAGAUCCUUUCAGAUCAUGGCCGCCACAGUCCCUCCACCAUCCCCCUCCUUUCGUUUGCCGUCCAGCCCGCCACCGCCGCUCACCUGGGCGUCAGCAGCACUUACCCUUUUUCUUCCGCAAUGGAUAGCAGGCAAGUAUGCCUGCGAAUGCAGAAUUGUCUGCGGACCGCAUUGCCGGGUAUGCUGCGCGCUCUUUGCCCAACUAAGCCAGCCGGUCUCAGCGGUCUGGCCGCCCGGAGCGAGGAUGGCGACUAUGACUGGAUGAAUGACCCGGAAAAGGUGGAGUACGUUCAGCAGCUGCUUGACGCGCUCUACGAAGCCCGCACGAUCGUCAACUGCUACAAUGUCGCCACUCUUCUGGUUCUCAUAGUGUUGGCGCUGCGGCGCUGGCGGGCGACGAAGAAAGACAAGGAGAAGUGUCGACGGUUGACCCAGCAACGAGGCCAAGGUGCGGUUGCAUCCUCAUCAAGCAGCACAGUCGCGGGCAUCGUUACACCGCCCGAUGCGAAGGACGUCGAUGUCGAGAGCGUUCCUUUGCUGGCGGGACGCAGAGCAACAACAACAAGACCCAGAACGAGAAACAGUAUCAGUAUUAGCAGGACGGUCAGGUCCUGGCUCGCGAGGCAACCAUGCCCGAUCCCUGUAAUCAAUCGGACCCUCCCUUCCAACGGAACGUCGCUCUUCAUCCUCGCCUGGCUGGCCCUCAACAUCUUGCUCCAUUUCUUCCGCCUCCCGACGCAGUCAGACUUCUUCUUCAUCUUUGCCGACCGCACAGGCUGCGUCUUCAUCGUCAAUUUACCCCUUUUAUACCUGCUCGGGGCCAAGAACCAGCCACUCCGGGCUCUCACUGGUUACUCCUACGAAGCUCUCAACAUCUUCCACCGCCGCGUCGGAGAGCUUAUGUGCUUCGAGGCUGCCCUCCACUUCGUCAGCAUGCUCCUCUGGCAGUUCUUCCUCGCGCGGGAAUGGCUCGUCGAGUCACGCUCCGCAUACGUUUACUUCACUCAUCCCAUGAUCCUCUGUGGCAUCGGCGCUUUGGUGGCUUAUGAAACCCUCUACUUCACUUCCAUCGCCAGCUUCCGCCAGCGGUGGUACGAGAUCUUCCUUGCGACGCACGUCUUCCUCCAAACGGCCGCCCUAAUCUUCCUCUGGUUCCAUUACGAAACCAGUCAGCCUUAUGUUGCCCUCUCACUGCUCAUCUUCCUCGGCGAUCGUCUCAUCUGGCGCCUGACCCUCAAACGAACAGAACUGCAAGCAGACAUCUACAUGCUCGACGAAGACACCUACCUCCUUUCGGCAGACUGGGACAUCCCACGCCCACCACUACCGCAGACCAAUACCACCCCAUGGCCCACUUUCUUCCGCCGCCAGUCGGUACUCUACGGGUGGCAUCCAACAGACCACGUAUUCCUGAGCGUGCCCGCCCUGGGCUGGAGCCACGCGCUGCAAGCGCACCCCUUCACCAUCGCGUCCGCAGCGCCGGGCAGGCCGCACGAGGAAGACGAACUGGAACCAGCCCAACCUGAACCUGGUCCGUCGUAUCCAUCAUCGGCCGGGUCGGGAGGGCCGAGACACGCCUGGCUGACGCUGCUGAUCCGCGCCCACGACGGCUUCACGCGCGAGCUCCUCCGCCACGCGCAGAUGCACAUGAUGCAUUCCCCUUCGCGGGGGCACCGGCUGUCUGUCAGGCUGGACGGGCCAUACGGCUCGCCACACGCGCUGGACAUGCUGCGGGCGUCGGGGUGUGCGGUGCUCGUUGCUGGCGGGAGCGGCAUCGCGGUGGCAUUUCCGCUUGUUUGGGCGCUUCUUCAUGAACAUGGUGUUUUUGGAGAGGAGGAAGAAGAAUUGGGAGAUGGGGGUACGGAGGAUGGAAAGGUCGUCUCGACCAAAGGAAGGGAGAUGAUCAGGAGGGUGCACCUGCUCUGGGUGACGCACUCACGCGAGCAUCGGGAGUGGGUGCCCGAGUCGCAGCUGGAGGAGCUUGUGGAGCGCGGGAUGGACCUGGUCGUCCCGGAGCCAACUGCUGAGGCUGGGAGGCCGGAUGUCACGCGGUUGGUAGACGGCUGGAUUGAGCGUGCCGCGGCGGAAGGGAGGGAGGUAGGUGUUGUGGUGUCCGGGCCGGAUGGACUGAAUAGAGCGGUCCGGAAUGUUGGCGCAGACGCGAUUGGGAGGGGAAGGGAGGUAAGGGUGGCGGUGGAGAAGUUUGGCUGGUGAUUCAAGCGGUGGUAGAUGGCAUGGAACGGGAACAGAACCGGAUUGCAUGACUGCAUUUGGAUAUUAAUAUCACAGACCUAUCACGAUAGAGGAGCAUGGUAUAGCGCCACUGAAG